AUGUCUUGCUCCAUACCUGAUACAGUUCAAGCAAUCAUAGGACAAGCAUCAUCCAGCCCCACUAUUGCCAUUGCUGCUACUGUGGGACCUUUGAAAAUACCUGUGGUCAGUCACUUGGCAACAUGUGCCUGCCUAAGUGACAGGAAGAAAUACCCAUCUUUCUUCAGAACUGUUCCCAGUGAUUACUACCAGAGCAGAGCUUUGGCUAAGUUGGUCAGGCAUUUUGGCUGGACAUGGGUAGGGGCUGUAUGUAGUGAUAAUGACUAUGGGAACAAUGGCAUAAAUGAAUUCAUCGUUGCAGCCAAAGAAGUGGGAAUCUGUGUUGAAGAAAAAAUUCUGAAAUUAGUUGAGAUUAUCAAGGCUUCAACCUCCAAAGCUAUUGUAACUUUUGUCUCAUAUUCUGACCUUGGGGUUCUUCUAAAGGAAAUGGCUUUACAGAACUUGACUGGGUUUCAGUGGAUUGGAAGUGAGUCCUGGAUUUCUAACCCAGCCAUUGUGCAAUGGCAGCAUCUUCUGAUAGGAUCCAUGGGUUUUGCUAUCCCAAAAGCUCAAAUCAAUGGCCUUGGGGAAUUUCUGACUAAAUUAAAUCCAGUUUCUGAUGCAGCUAUUUACAAAGAGUUAUGGGAGACAAUAUUUGAAUGUAAGCUUCCUACACAGGAAAAUGUUGAGAUUAAACAAUUGUGCAAAGGCAAUGAAAGUCUCAGUCAAGUUCAAAAUAUGUAUACAGAUGUUUCAGAAUUACGAAUCGCAAAUAAUGUUUACAAGGCUGUUUAUGCUGUGGCUUAUGCCCUACAUAAGAUAUAUAGCUGUUCAAAGACAGAGAGUGGACAUGAAGGUUCUUUAGAAUGUGCAAACAUCACAGAUAACAAACCAUGGCAGGUAGUCAGUGAGUUGAAGAAACUCCAUUUCACCUCUACAACUGGAGAGGAUGUAUACUUUGAUGAAAAUGGAGACCCAGCAGCAAGAUAUGAACUGCUAAAUUGGCAACAAGGUAAAGAUGGUCAAAUUGUGUUUGUUAAAGUGGGCUUCUACGAUGGCUCUUUGCAAACACACCUUCAGCUGUCAUUUAACAACAUCAGUAUAACCUGGGCCCAAAACAAAGCAGAGGUGCCAGUCUCUGUAUGUAGUCCAAGUUGUCCCCUGGGCACCCGGAAGGCUGUGCAGAAAGGAAGGCCAAUCUGCUGUUUUGACUGUAUACCUUGUGCAGAUGGAGAAAUCAGUAAUAUAACAGAUUCUAUAACGUGCAUCACGUGCCCACCUGAACUGUGGUCUAAUGACAAAAAAGACAGAUGUGUCUUAAAGCUGAUUGAAUUCUUGUCAUUUCAGGAAAUAAUGGGAAUCAUUCUUGUAUUGUUCUCUUUAUUAGGAGUAUCUUUCACCAUCUGCAUUGCUGUAAUUUUCUUUAUACACAAGGAAACACCAAUUGUUAGAGCAAAUAAUUCUGAACUGAGUUUCUUGCUGCUAUUCUCACUCACUCUGUGUUUCCUCUGUUCACUUACAUUCAUUGGUCAGCCUUCUACAUGGUCCUGUAUGUUGCGCCACACAGCAUUUGGGACCACAUUUGUCCUCUGCAUUUCCUGUGUUCUGGGGAAAACAGUAGUGGUGUUAAUGGCCUUCAGGGCUACACUUCCUGGGAGUAAUGUAAUGAAAUGGUUUGGGCCUCUACAGCAGAGACUCAGUGUACUUGUCUUCACUCUUGUACAGGUCAUUAUUUGUGUACUGUGGUUAACAAUAUCCCCUCCCUUUCCAUACAAAAAUAUGAAAUACUACAAGGAAAAGAUCAUAUUAGAAUGUAAUGUAGGCUCAGCUAUAGGGUUCUGGGCUGUGCUAGGUUAUAUAGGGCUCCUGGCUGUUUUGUGUUUUAUUUUUGCUUUUCUGGCCCGGAAACUGCCUGACAAUUUCAAUGAAGCCAAAUUCAUCACAUUCAGCAUCCUCAUAUUCUGUGCAGUUUGGAUCACCUUUAUUCCUGUUUAUGUCAGCUCUCCUGGAAAAUUCACUGUAGCUGUAGAGAUAUUUGCCAUUUUAACAUCAAGUUUUGGGUUACUGAUCUGCAUAUUUGUUCCAAAGUGUUAUAUAAUCAUAUUGAAACCAGAUAAGAAUACAAAGAAGCAAAUGAUGGGGAAGGCACCUACUAAGUGA